CUCGAUUGACUGCUGAUUCCCCUUUCCUCGCCACACCGGGUUGCAGAAACAGCGCAGGCAUGGCUCUUCACGUACCAAAGGCACCGGGCUUUGCCCAAAUGUUAAAGGAUGGCGCUAAGCAUUACUCUGGACUUGAAGAGGCAGUCUUCAGAAAUAUCCAAGCCUGUAAAGAACUGGCCCAGACCACACGCACAGCCUAUGGACCAAAUGGCAUGAAUAAAAUGGUCAUCAACCACUUGGAAAAACUCUUUGUCACAAAUGAUGCAGCCACUAUUCUACGAGAAUUGGAGGUUCAGCACCCUGCAGCUAGAAUGAUCGUUAUGGCAUCACACAUGCAAGAACAAGAGGUUGGGGAUGGAACAAACUUUGUUCUGGUGUUUGCAGGAGCCCUUCUUGAACUUGCAGAAGAGCUUCUCAGAAUGGGUCUUUCUGUCUCAGAGGUGAUUGAAGGCUAUGAAAUGGCUUGCAAAAAAGCUCUGGAGAUUCUCCCAGACUGUGUAUGUUCUUCUGCAAAGAACCUUUCUGAUGUUGAAGAGGCGUCUUCUCUGAUCCGCACUGCAGUAAUGAGCAAACAAUAUGGCAAUGAAGACUUUCUGUCAAAGCUCAUUGCACAGGCCUGUGUGUCUAUUUUUCCUGAAUCUGGUAAUUUCAACGUGGAUGGAGUCCGAGUGUGUAAGAUUGUGGGCUCUGGACUGACUGCUUCCUCAGUUUUGCAUGGAAUGGUAUUUAAAAGAGAAACUGAAGGAGAUGUCACCUCUGUCAAAGAUGCAAAAAUCGCUGUGUUUUCCUGUCCAUUUGACUGCAUGGUAACAGAGACCAAGGGGACAGUAUUGAUAAAGAAUGCAGAGGAACUAAUGAGCUUCAGCAGGGGAGAGGAAGAUAUGAUGGAAUCUCAAGUAAAAGCCAUUGCAGAUGCUGGUGCCACUGUGGUGGUAACAGGGGGCAAAGUGGCUGAUAUGGCUCUUCACUAUGCCAAUAAGUACCAACUGAUGGUAGUCAGGAUGAACUCCAAAUGGGAUUUAAGAAGGUUAUGCAAAACAGUGGGUGCCGUGGCGCUUCCCAGACUGACACCACCUACUCCAGAAGAGAUGGGACAUUGUGAUAGUGUUUACCUGACAGAAGUUGGUGACACGCAAGUGGUGGUCUUCAAGCAUGAAAAAGAGGAAGGUGCAAUUUCCACACUUGUAAUCCGCGGCUCUACAAAUAAUUUAAUGGAUGACAUUGAAAGGGCAGUUGAUGAUGGAGUAAACACAUUCAAAGUUCUUGUAAGGGACAAGCGUCUUGUUCCUGGUGCUGGUGCAACUGAGAUUGAACUGGCUAAGCACAUUACUUCUUAUGGAGAGUCUUGCCCAGGUCUUGAACAAUAUGCUAUCAAGAAAUUUGCAGAGGCUUUUGAAGCCAUUCCGCGUGCUCUUGCAGAGAACUCUGGUGUCAAGGGCAAUGAACUUAUCUCCAAACUGUAUGCUGUCCAUCAAGAAGGGAACAAAAAUAUUGGAUUUGAUAUUGAGGGUGAAGGUGCAGCUGUGAUAGACAUGCUGGAAGCUGGUAUCUUAGACCCAUACCUUGUGAAACACUGGGGAAUCAAACUGGCCACAAAUUCUGCUGUCACGGUACUUCGAGUUGAUCAGAUAAUUAUGGCAAAACCAGCAGGAGGACCCAAAGCACCACAAGCUAAGAAAGACUGGGAUGAAGACCAAGAGUGAACUUCAUAACCCUUUUGUUUUGGCACAAUAUAUAAAGUCUGUCUUCUCAUGUAUUUAAAUAUAAUCAUUUAAAACUGCGAUUUUGUAUUUGUAGAAAAAAAAAAAAUCUUUAAAAGCAAGCUUGAGAAACUAGCAGUUUAACUUUUUUCGUUCAAUAAAAAUGCACUUGAGCCCACAAA